CUCUCACCCAUUCGCCAUUUCUCAAAUCUCUCUCCCCAUCUCUCUCGAGGAGGGCGAUCAAUCCCCAACCCUAGCUUAGCUCGCCGCGACGCUGCUACACAGAUUCCCGGAGCCAGGCAUUGCUGGCCGUACCGGAGAUUCGCCGAUCCGCCAGAUCGGCCUGACCGAGGGUUCCGAUGGAGGGUUCGGAGGCGGCGCCGCACCAGCAGAAGGACAGCGUGAAAGUGGCCGUCAACAUCCGGCCGCUUAUCACGCCGGAGCUCCUCCUCGGUUGCACCGACUGCGUCACCGUCACGCCCGGCGAGCCGCAGGUCCAAAUUGGUCCACACGUCUUUACGUACGAUCACGUAUAUGGCAGCACAGGCUCUUCUUCCUCGUUAAUAUUUGGGCAAUGUGUGCAUCCCCUCAUUGAUUCAUUAUUCCGUGGAUACAACGCCACAGUACUGGCUUAUGGGCAGACUGGCUCUGGUAAGACGUAUACAAUGGGUACUAAUUACACUGCCGAAGCUAAUUGUGGAGGAAUAAUUCCUCAAGUUAUGGAGACAAUAUUUAAAAAGGCCGAUGCAUUGAAGGACAGCACGGAGUUUUUAAUUAGGGUAUCCUUCAUUGAGAUAUUCAAGGAGGAAGUCUUUGAUUUGCUCGAUGCAAGUCAUGCUGCUCUCAGGCUUGAUUCAGGGUCUGUUGCCAAAGCAGCGGGACAGCCUGCCAGGGUGUCGAUUCAGAUUAGAGAGACAGCGAGUGGUGGCAUUACACUUGCUGGUGUCACUGAGGCAGAGGUCAAGACAAAAGAAGAAAUGGCAUCAUUUUUGGCUCGUGGUUCUUCCUCGCGUGCAACAGGAAGUACAAAUAUGAAUAGUCAGUCAAGCCGGUCUCAUGCCAUCUUUACAAUUUCAUUGGAGCAAAAAAAGACCUCAAGUGCAUCUGACAAGUUAGCUAAUAAUGAAUAUGAUAUUCUGUCGUCGAAGUUUCAUCUAGUUGACCUUGCUGGUUCUGAAAGGGCUAAACGAACAGGAGCUGAUGGAUUACGGCUUAAAGAAGGAAUACACAUAAACAGAGGACUUCUAGCUCUUGGCAAUGUCAUUAGUGCGUUGGGUGAUGAAAAGAAGAGAAAAGAAGGAGCAUUUGUCCCAUAUCGGGACAGUAAAUUAACACGUCUUCUUCAGGAUUCGCUUGGAGGAAACAGCAAAACUGUUAUGAUUGCUUGCAUUAGCCCAGCAGAUUCAAAUGCAGAAGAAACUAUAAACACACUCAAGUAUGCCAAUCGUGCACGGAACAUUCAAAAUAAGGCUGUGAUAAACCGUGACCCAGUUACAGCAGAGAUGCAAAAAUUGAGGAGUCAGUUAGAGCAGCUGCAGACUGAGCUCCUGUUCUCCCGCAGCGGGACUGCUGCACUAGAAGAACUCCAGUUGCUGCAACAAAAAGUAUCCCUACUUGAGCUAAAAAAUUCAGAGCUUAACCAUGAGCUUAAGGAAAGGGAAUUGUCGUGUGAACAAUUGGCACAGCGUGCACUUGCUGCCCAGCUGGAAAAGGACCAGUUGAUGUUAAAGCUUGAAUCAGCACGCAAUGGGAAAUCAUGGGAUGACAUUGAGAGUACUGAUGUUGACCAGGAUGUGGACGUCAUGAAGAGCUAUAUAUUGAAAAUUCAGAAGUUGGAGAGUGAACUGAUGCGGCAGAAAUUCUCUAGUACCUGCAAAAAUGAUUUAAAUGAUCGGUUUGCCAUGGACAAGGAUUUGCUUCUUGAUGACUUGGGUUCAGUUUGUGAAGUAGGAACACCUGAUGUUUCAAGUGAAGCCGAUGAAGAAGAAAAGGAGAGAGAACAUUCCUCCAUGCAAGACAAACUUGAUAAGGAGCUCCAGGAACUAGAUAAAAGGCUUCAGCAAAAGGAGGCGGAGAUGAAACAAUUUGCAAAGAGUGACACCUCAGUUCUCAAGCAACAUUACGAGAAGAAGUUACAUGAGAUGGAGCAAGAAAAGAAGGCUCUUCAGAAAGAAAUUGAGGAUCUUCGUCAUGCAUUAACCAAUAUAUCCUCUUCUACUGAUGAGAGUGCACAAAAACUGAAAGAAAACUAUCUUCAGAAACUGAAUACGCUUGAAUCUCAGGUCUCUGAGCUGAAGAAAAAGCAGGAAGCUCAACAGCAGCUACUACGACAGAAACAGAAAAGUGAUGAGGCAGCUAAGCGCUUACAGGAUGAAAUUCAUCGUAUAAAAUCUCAAAAGGUUCAACUUCAGCAAAAGAUUAAGCAAGAAUCGGAACAAUUUAGAUCUUGGAAGGCUGCUCGUGAAAAGGAAGUGCUUCAGCUCAAGAAGGAAGGGAGAAGAAAUGAAUAUGAGAUGCAUAAACUCCUGGCCUUAAACCAGAGGCAGAAAAUGGUUUUGCAGCGGAAAACUGAAGAAGCAGCAAUGGCCACAAAAAGACUGAAGGAGUUGCUUGAAGCAAAAAAGUCGACCCGUGACACAUAUGGAAGUGCAAGUGGCUCAGGGAUCCAGGCUUUAAUGCGGGCCAUUGAUGAUGAACUUGAAGUUACCGUAAGGGCAUAUGAAUUGCGUUCGCACUACGAGCGACAAAUGCAAGAGAGAGCGACAAUCUCCAAGGAAAUAGCAAAGCUAAAAGAGUGUCCUCAGGCUAUGUCUCCUAGUGCUAGAAGUUCUAGGAUAUCAGCACUAGAAAACAUGUUGUCAUCAUCCUCUAGUGCUAUGGUGUCUAUGGCCUCUCAACUGUCUGAAGCGGAGGAGCGAGAGCGUUCGUUCAAUGGUAGAGGUAGAUGGAAUCAUGUAAGGUCCCUUCCCGACGCAAAGAACACAAUGAAUUAUCUUUUUCAGUUGGCAUCAUCGUCAAGAUGCCAGCAACUUGACAAAGAGGUCAUGUGUAAAGAGAAAGAGCAUUUCAUUUCUGAGCUGAAGGAAAAGUUGGUUGCCCUUAAUGGUAGAAUCAGACAAUUAGAAACUCAAGUGAAGGAUUUGAAUAACCAAAAUAUACUGCUUUUUACUGCUAUGAAUGAAGCAAAGAAUCCGGUUGGCACUUCAAGAACUGGUACUGGUGGUUCUGAAGAUGGUCGACCUUAUGCUGUGCGAAAGAGCGUUCGAGCUUCCCAUAGUUUAUUGUAUAGCAAGAACAACUUCUUCUGGUCCGAUGACAUGGAUAUAUCAGAUUCUGAGAAGUCGGAAGAAUCUGAUGCAGACUGGGAAGCAUCUGAUGCAGAUUGUGGAGCAUCUGAUGCAGACUGUAUAGAAUCUUCCAAGAAGGUGAGAAGACGUCGGCAAACAGUGUCCAGCCAUUUGAAUCCUAACCUGGGUAGUGGUACUACACAUAAAAAUGUAAAAUCAGAAAUGGCCAGUCAAGAAAAGCCUACUGCACAAAAGGACCUUGCUCAGCAGUGCUGCUCAUGCACGAAAUACUCAUCCUGCAAGACUCAAAAAUGUGAGUGCAGAGCUUCUGGUUCACAAUGUGGUGGCGACUGCGGGUGUAUAUCCUCCAGGUGUUCUAAUAGGGUGGAUAUGAAGCAAGAAAUGGACUCGUCUCAAAAGGAAGUUGAUGCGUUGGUUGACGCAUCUUCUUCAGAUGAUGUGGAUGAUGCGAAAACACAGGAAAUUGUGAAGCAAGGUGUUAUGCUUCUUGAGAAUGCUAUGUCAGAAAAGGAAGCACAAGAGCCAAAAUCAAGAAAACCACUGGCUGACAUUGGAAAUAAUGUGGUGAAACAAACUGGGGCAAAACCGAAGCAGAGGAAAAACUGGCGCAAGUCGACAGUUCAGCUCGUCCCUUCAGCGCCUCCUCUCCCACCCGCGGCGCCGGAGAACACUGAGCCGGUUGCGCGGAACAGAGACAUCCCCCUCAGGUUGCCCCGAGCAAUGUCCUCAACAGCCGUGGACAGCAACCCUCCUCUCACGGAUCGCAACGCCGCUAAGCCUGACGAGUCCGUGAGCACCAACAAGGAGAACGUCACCGCCGUUCGUGCGAGAUCUCCCACAAGGCCGAGAAAGAACGCCAACGAGAAGGAGAAUCACUUACGAUGAUGCAACUGGUCAACUGGCUAGCUCGAGCCAGUGAGGCUGCAACAUCCAACGGCUUUGUUGCGAAGCCUGUUAUGGCCUUACGGGGAUGCUGCCUCGGUGUCCCUUGGCGCGGCCUGCUGCGGGCUGGCUGCGGAGACGAAUAGAAGUGAGAACCCCUCGUGUUCCUGUGUGGACUGAACCGAUCGUGAUGCACCGUUCCUCUGGCUGAUAGCUCAACGUUGGCUGAAUCACUUGAAUGUAACAUUUUGUACAACACUUGUUGAGAUGAAAUCAGCUCGUUAAAUUAUGGCCGUGCUUUAAAAGUAAGGUUUGGAUAAACCAAUCA